AUGGUGUUUCCUAAAAGGUCCACAGUUAGAAGGAAAGUCAAAGAGCGAUUUGAAGAGCUCCAAUUGAAUCUCAAGGAACGACUUCAACAAUUAUCAUCUAAAAUGUCGUAUACCAUUGAUAGGCGGACGUCAAUUGCUGGUUACUACGGGGUUACUAUGCAUGAUAUAGACAACGAAUGGAAGUAUCGAUCUGUAGUUCUUGAUUCUAUACCAUCACACGGUCGACAUACUGGGGAAGAUAUUGCAAUGAUUUUCCACGAAUGUUUAUUGGAAUAUGAGAUAAUUAAUAAAAUACAAGACAAUCAACAUUUCCGGUGCUUUGCUCACAUUUUAAACCUUGGUGUACAAGAUUUAUUAAGGACCUUAGCAUUACACUGUGAGACUGACACUAACGCGCAAGAUCAGCAGUAUGAAGACUAUGCAGACAAAACUGAAGAAGAUGAAGAAUAUGCACCAAAUAUUGCUGACUCGCGUACAUCUGUAACAAAGUUACGCAAAAGCCUGCGCAAGUUCAAUGAACCUUAUGAAGAAUACUACAGUCUACACUCACUGAACAAAUCUCUGGAAUUACCAAGAAAAGAAAAUAAGGUAUGUGAUAAAGAUGAAGACGUAAUAGACUUUGAUAAGCUGUAUGAAUGUCCCUCGACGUCAUCUGGAUCUUGUCUUCAAGGCAUAGUGAUAGACGAGUUGGAGGAGUACCUGAGAAAACCAAGAGCUGCCAGCUCGGAAGACAUUUUAGAUUGGUGGAGAACGCAUGAGACAGAGUAUCCGACUUUAUCGAAGAUGGCCCGUGAUUUUCUCUCAAUACUUGCAACUUCAGUACCUGCUGAGAGAUUACUUUCUAAAGCAUCAUUAGUAAUUAGAAAACAUAGAAAUAGGUUAAGUGAUGAGUCAGCCAGAUGGUUACUUUGUAUUAAUUCUUGGUCAAAAGAAUUGAUAUAA